GAAAACGAAUCAAUAAAGGCCACGACUGUCAAAGCCGACUGGCCUCGUUUUCCACCACAUCGCAGCGCACAAGGAUGCAUUCGCAAUUAUCGCGCACAACAACAAACGAAAACGCAAGUGCGCACCGCGGAAUCUCCAAUUUCUCAGCAAAACACGCUUAAAUCUCAAUAGAAACAGGUGAAUCAUGUGGAUUACGUUAGUGUUUACACAAUUAUUACAAUUGGUUGUUGGUAAUUACUGUGAAUUUGGUUUGUGUGAAGACGAACAACAAUAUUGCUGCGGCAAGAACAAAUGCUGCAGCAAAAGCAGCAAUUUAUGGUUUUUUUGGGCUGGUAUUCUAGUCGUAGUAUUCAUCCUGGUCAUAGUCGCAAUCUGCAAUCGUAAACCACAGAAAGACCCCCACGGCCCGUACGAGAAACUCCGCACGGCCGACUUCAUCGAAGAAGCCACAUAGACAAUGCGAUCCCGUCAAGAGUUUAAAAAAACCCAAAACACUGAAAUUCUACGACUGACUUAAUUUAUAUUUAAAAUAUAAAAGAAAUCAACGUUUUUAAUGCGUAUAUUAUCUUAUACAAGUUGUGUGAAGAAGAGAGCAAAGCGCGAAACAUUAGACAAUGCCAAAAACCAAUCAUUUCAAUACUCUGCAGUCAUCUUAACUUGAAUGUAAUUUCUAGCACACAAGUCUGUGAUAUAUGUAAAAAGUGAGUAGAGAAUACAAAUGUAUAGAAUGAUUAGAGAGUUGUGAGACUAAGUGCAAGCAGCAACAGCAACUAAAAGUUUAAAAUCUUACUUAAUCUUUGAAUUAAUCAUUCUAUGUACUUUUAUUAUUGUCAUUUGAAUAUUGCUAUUCAAAACACAACAUAAUGUAACAAUCUGACAUAAAUUUAUCCUUCAUAUCUGAAA